AUGGAGGUACAGAACGGUGGCAAACCGGUACUACAGGAGAUUGGACCAUAUCGAUAUAUAGAAUGGAAGGAGAAGGUGAACUUAGUGGACGACAUUGCAGACGACACGAUAACCUACAGCAACCUCAACACUUGGUACUUCUUGAAGGAGAAGAGCCACCCGUUGACGGGGGACGAGAUGGUCACCAUACCACACCUCCCGCUCUUGAGCGUACUCCUGGUCGCUGAGCAGGAUUUCCCAACCCCGAUGCUGACGAUUGUUAACGCCGCCGUUCCUUAUAUUUAUGGCAAACUUGGAUCAGUCUUCAUGACAGCGAAGGUGAAAGAACUCCUCUUCGACGGAGUCCUCAUAGACUGUACUGCGAAGAACAUAGUACCGAAAGCGAUAUGCAUAGCGAUCAAACAGAACAGCAAGGCCUUGGUAAAGCUGGGUAACAACAAAUAUCUUUUCUCCUUCUUCGGAAUCAGAAACGCAACUGCAGAGGAGGCCCGGAUCACGGUGAAGAAAGGAGUCCAGGAUGUGUACAGCAUCGGGAAGGUAGUAGCCAUGAACGGGAAUUCGGAGAACGUGGUCUGGUCUGGUGGCGAAUGCAGGAGGUUCUCUGGGACUGAUUCCACCAUCUUUCCCCCUUUCAGGAAGCCCGACAACUACAGCAUAGUAGCGUUCUCACCAGAGAUAUGCAGAACAAUGACAGGAGCUUUCGUCGGCAACGGAGAAUACCAAGGUGUGCGAGGAUACAAAUACGAGGUGUCACUAGGCGACAUGAAGAGGAACCCUGGGGAGAUGUGCUUCUGCCCUUCGCCUGACAGGUGUCUGGGAAAAGGAACAACUGACCUCACCAAGUGCCAAGGUGCACCUUUGAUUGGCUCACUUCCUCAUUUUUACGACGCUGAAGAGGAUUACUUGAAUGGAGUUGUGGGUCUCAAACCUGACAAGGACAGCCAUGAAAUAACAUUUAUUAUGGAACCCAUCAGUGGCGUACCAUUACUAGCGAGGAAGAGACUCCAAUUCAACAUCCAUCUACACCCUGUGAGAUUUGUUAAUCUGACUAAGAAACUGACACCAACGCUGGUUCCUAUCUUUUGGAUAGAAGAAAACUUAGAUCUUGGUGAUGAGCUGAUGGGUUUUCUCGAAGCGAACCUUCUCACCAACUUGCGCCUGGUUGAUGUGGUCAAAUGGAUGCUGAUAGUCGUCGGAGCUGGUGUCUGUGUUGCAGGUGUCGUUCUGUACAGGAUGAAGAAGGAGGCUAAGAAGAAGACCAGUUCGAGGGAGGACCUCCUCCCUCCAGGAAACGACGACGUGGAAGUGCUGGAUCCAAGCCGGCUAAGCAGCUCCACAGCCAGCUUGGUCCCCAGCUUAGUGAUGCCGACUGCUCCAGUGACCCGAACUGGCUGGGACAUAAUGCCUUCCCCUUCGCUCCAGCUGCCAGCAGUCGAAACGAUUAGGGCUUCUCCAGGAAUCUCCAGUAGUGCACCUCUUGAGCCGAGGGCUCGGGCCUCUGCAGAGCAACACUCAAGGCUUUCCACCGGCGGCAGGCUUCGAAAAUUCUAG